UGAAGCAGGGGUGUAGGUGGAGUGAAGGGGUGUGUGCUCGCCAUUGGGCAUAUGUCCCACAGAUGAUGGCCCUGGGCCCAGGAACGAUAGUGCUCCAGUCAGGAAGCAGCCCUCCAGGGGAAGACCUUGAAGAAGGAGGUGGUAACCCAACUGGAGGAUGAGGAGGGAGACAACUGGGCGUAGAUGGGCUCUGUAGGGGUAUUUGUUGAGUGACUGAAUGUAGCUGAUUCAAGCCCAAAGUGAGCACUGCUAUCCUCCAGGAGAUGAAAUGUCUGGAGCAGGGCACCUCUGAUUAAAGGGCUCCAGACCACCCUGUACUAAGGUAGAGCAGCUGACAGAAGAGCAGAAAAAUGAGUUCAAGGCUGCCUUUGACAUCUUUGUGCUGGGUGCUGAGGAUGGCUGUAUCAGCACCAAGGAGCUGGGCAAAGUGAUGAGGAUGCUGGGCCAGAACCCCACACCUGAGGAGCUGCAGGAGAUGAUUGAUGAAGUGGAUGAGGAUGGCAGCGGCACAGUGGACUUCGAUGAGUUUUUGGUCAUGAUGGUUCGAUGCAUGAAGGACGACAGCAAAGGGAAGUCUGAGGAGGAGCUUUCUGACCUCUUCCGCAUGUUUGACAAAAAUGCUGAUGGCUACAUUGACCUGGAGGAAUUGAAGAUGAUGCUGCAAGCUACAGGUGAGACUAUCACGGAGGACGAUAUCGAGGAGCUCAUGAAGGAUGGCGACAAGAACAAUGAUGGUCGCAUAGACUAUGAUGAAUUCUUGGAGUUCAUGAAGGGUGUGGAGUAGACAUUGACCUUCACCUGGAGCUGCCUGUGCCCACCUUCCCACCGCAGCUGGGGCCUGGGGUGGAGGCAGGGGAUAGGGACCCCAUUCCCUGAACCUGGGUGUGUCCUUGACCCCUGGCCCUCCCUGACUCCCUCCUUCACCCUGUCCUGGGGAAUGCAAAUAAAGCCU